AUGACCACGAAUAGUAAAUAGUAGAUCCUGCAAAAGUUUUGAAUACCCGGUACACGAAAGUGGAGUGGCCGUCGUCGUGGACAUGUCCUUUCUGUAUAAAGACCUAGAAAUUGGAUGCACCCCCGACCCCCCACUCAAUCGAUUCAUUGAUCUAUGCUGAACAGUAGAAGUAAUCGUAAUCUAACGGCAACUGCCAACACUGACCAUUAACCAACACUAGUGGGGCAGCAGCACCGGGUAUGAAAUAGUGGAUGCACUCGAUUAUCGGUACAAUCCUUUCGACAAAACAUUUGGCCAAGGAAAAAUGUAGCUAGACGACAAAUUAUACAAGCAAAGGCGAGAAACGAGAGCCGCAGGAGAAGGAGAGGGAGAACUUUUGCAUACAAAAUCGAAACCAAGACGAAACAAUAAUUAGAAUUAAAAUUGACAACAAAAACAAGUAAACAAAAAACAAAACAAAAGAAAAACCCCCAGAGGAGAGGAUGAAAACGCCCAUUGUGAUUCUUAAUUUUAGACAUUAGGCCAAGAGAAGCAAAAACUCAACAAAAUACAAAAUUCAAGAAGGGAAACUAUAGAGAAAGAGAAAACAUAAUCCUUCGAAUGAUAUCAAGCAAGGAAAAGGCAUGAUAGAGCCAUAUAUCGCAGGAACCGCGCAGGAUCAGGCAGUAUCAAGGGCUACGACUAAUCGCAGCAGCCUAAAAAGAGAUAGGAAAACGACCAAAGGUUGCUGCUGCCCAAGGAGCAAGAAAUAGCAUGCAAUAGCAACGCCAGCCGCCCAAAAGGACAACAACAAUUCAAAGUUCAAUUCCAUCCAAAUCGAACGGCAAGAUACGGUUGCCAAGGGUUAUUCAAUGCGGAAAGGCGUCCUAGUCGGCCUCUGAAUAACAUUUCCUCUUCUCAAGCAACAGGAAAAGGAACAGAAACUGGAACUGGAGCUGGAGACAGAAUAUUGGAACUGCCAGGUUUCUUUUUCGUUCGGAAAAGUCCACGACCCCGAUCCCGAUCCCGAUCCCGAACCCAACAUCGAUUCCGACAACAACAGCAGCAACAGACCAAUCGCGAGUGAUUCCCUUCAAAUUUUGGUGGUGUUAUUUUAUUAUUAUUUUGUUUUCGCUUCGAUCAUUUUGAUCGGAGGCUAAAGCUGCUGUCAAAGCUGCUACUACUGCCACAGUCAGAGUGCAAAGAGAGCCGCCAAGAUGACUAUGUGGCAGAGUGGCGGCAUGGGAGGCCAUGGCUCCCAGAACAAUCCAUGGAUGAAGCUGAUGGGCAUCGUGCACAAGGAGCGACGCCACACGGAAAACGUCCAGAGUCAGUCCGGCUCCAACGAGCGCAACCUUAAUCAGUCUUUGCCCAAAUUGAGCAGUCAAGACGAAGAAGGGGGGGCUGGUCAUGGCUUUGGUGGCGGACCGCAACACUUUGAACCCAUUCCUCACGAUCAUGAUUUCUGCGAGAGAGUCGUUAUAAAUGUAAGCGGGCUGAGGUUUGAGACACAACUACGUACGCUUAACCAAUUCCCGGACACGCUGCUCGGGGAUCCGGCUCGGAGAUUACGGUACUUUGACCCGCUUAGAAAUGAAUAUUUUUUUGACCGUAGUCGACCGAGCUUCGAUGCGAUUUUAUACUAUUAUCAGAGUGGUGGCCGACUACGGAGACCGGUCAAUGUCCCUUUAGACGUAUUUAGUGAAGAAAUAAAAUUUUAUGAAUUAGGUGAUCAAGCAAUUAAUAAAUUCAGAGAGGAUGAAGGCUUUAUUAAAGAGGAAGAAAGACCAUUACCGGAUAAUGAGAAACAAAGAAAAGUCUGGCUGCUCUUCGAGUAUCCAGAGAGUUCACAAGCCGCCAGAGUUGUAGCCAUAAUUAGUGUAUUUGUUAUAUUGCUAUCAAUUGUUAUAUUUUGUCUAGAAACAUUACCCGAAUUUAAGCAUUACAAGGUGUUCAAUACAACAACAAAUGGCACAAAAAUCGAGGAAGACGAGGUGCCUGACAUCACAGAUCCUUUCUUCCUUAUAGAAACGUUAUGUAUUAUUUGGUUUACAUUUGAACUAACUGUCAGGUUCCUCGCAUGUCCGAACAAAUUAAAUUUCUGCAGGGAUGUCAUGAAUGUUAUCGACAUAAUCGCCAUCAUUCCGUACUUUAUAACACUAGCGACUGUCGUUGCCGAAGAGGAGGAUACGUUAAAUCUUCCAAAAGCGCCAGUCAGUCCACAGGACAAGUCAUCGAAUCAGGCUAUGUCCUUGGCAAUAUUACGAGUGAUACGAUUAGUUCGAGUAUUUCGAAUAUUUAAGUUAUCUAGGCAUUCGAAGGGUUUACAAAUAUUAGGACGAACUCUGAAAGCCUCAAUGCGGGAAUUAGGUUUACUUAUAUUUUUCUUAUUUAUAGGCGUCGUACUCUUCUCAUCGGCGGUUUAUUUUGCGGAAGCUGGAAGCGAAAAUUCCUUCUUCAAGUCCAUACCCGAUGCAUUUUGGUGGGCGGUCGUCACCAUGACCACCGUUGGAUAUGGUGACAUGACACCCGUCGGCGUUUGGGGCAAGAUUGUGGGAUCACUGUGUGCCAUUGCUGGUGUGCUGACAAUCGCACUGCCGGUGCCGGUUAUCGUCAGUAAUUUCAAUUACUUCUAUCACCGCGAAACGGACCAGGAGGAGAUGCAGAGCCAGAACUUUAAUCAUGUCACUAGUUGUCCAUAUUUGCCAGGUACACUAGUAGGUCAACACAUGAAGAAAUCGUCGUUGUCCGAGUCCUCAUCGGAUAUGAUGGAUUUGGAUGAUGGUGUCGAGUCGACGCCGGGAUUAACUGACACACAUCCUGGACGUAGUGCAGCUCAGUUUAUGGGUGACCAGCAGCAGCAGCAACAGCAGCAGCCAGCAUCAUCGACUUCGAUGUCGAUGUCGCUCGAUAAGCAGCUCCAGCAUCCCCUGCAGCAGCACCCACUGCAGCACCCACUACAGCAGCAGCCGUACCAGCCGCAGCCGCAACAGCAGCAGCAUCAGCAGAACGGCUUCAAGCAGCAGUCCACAAUAAGCACGAGCGCGGCGGCAACAACGAGUAGCGCCAGCGCCAGCGGCAGUGGCAGCGGCGCCACCACCCUCACCAUGAGGCACAAUAAUGCCCUGGCCGUUAGUAUCGAGACCGAUGUUUGACUACUGGGUAAGUGUUGGUUAACUCGCUUUCGCACACUCCUCUCACUCUCUAUCUGUCUCCCUCCCUCGCUCGCUCGAUCGCUGCCCCUCUCUCUCUCACACUCAUCCCAGCUCCAUUCCCCUGUUCCCGGCCCCAUCACUAUCUCCCACCUUCCAUCUC